CUAGAGGGGCUCGCAAGCUUGAGUCAGUGUGUGCGCGCGCAAGAGAAAAAGAGUUGGAGUCACAUCAGUGUGCGGCUGAAAGCUAUCAAAACUCGCCAAGUGUUUGCCCUCGACUAUCCUUGAAGCUUUUUGAAGGUUUGUUUGCCUGGAAUACAAAGGGGACAUUGUUUUUUUCAGGGUUUAAUACCUUACCUCAGCUCUCUGGCACAUUUUGGCGCCGCGAUGUCUUAUUUAUUUUCAUGCACUUGCUUGAACAGGUAAAUUGUGCUCAUAUACCAAAGAGUGUCAGAGAAACUACAUAGUAUCUACGUCUGACUGCAAAAGGUGCUGGAAACCAUGGAUCACCUCCACUCCAAAUCCCAACGUUUUCAUCUUCUGCUCUUCAUUGCUCUGUGCAUUCUUCCUGGAUCACUGGCACAGACUUCGAUCCCAAAGGGCUGUGGAGAUAAUGUGGACUCCUUGUAUUUCUAUCUGUGUGACCUGAGUGCUGUUUGGGGUGUUGUAGUGGAGGCAUUUGCAGCUACUGGUUUGGUGGCCACCCUGAUUCUUCUGAUCGUGCUGCUAGCCAGCCUUCCCUUCAUCAGUAACAAGAAUUGGCGCAGUUCGUUGGGGCUUCACACUGUGUUCCUGAUCUUCACGUUUGGACUGUUCGCCCUCACGUUCGCCUUCAUCGUCGGGAGGAACUUCGCCACAUGUGCGUCACGCCGCUUUCUGUUUGGGGUGUUGUUCGCCGGCUGCUUCUCCUGCCUUCUCAUGCAAGCCGUGAGGUUGAACAUACUAGCCAGGAGGAACUUGGGGCCCAGAGGUUGGGUUUGGUGUUUGGGCGCUCUGGGACUCUGGCUGGUGGAAGUUGUGAUCAACACAGAAUGGCUAAUUAUUACAAUUGUACGAUACCCAACUAACAUUAAUAGAACCCUCGCUUCUGCCACUCCUCUUCCUGCCACUGCUGUUCCCUGUAACAUUGACAACCAGGAUUUUGUCAUGGCGCUCAUAUAUGUUCUAAAUCUACUCUUGGCAGUCGUGGUGGCAUCCUUACCCAUAUUGGCAGGUAAGCACAAGCGUUGGCGCAAAGAUGGAGCCCUCAUUCUGGUCACAGGACUGUUUUCGGUGGGCAUCUGGGUGGCGUGGAUUGUCAUGUACGUAUACGGGAACUUAAAGCAUGGUGGGCCGACAUGGGAUGACCCCACCCUGGCUAUAGCACUGGUGUCAAAUGCAUGGGUGUUUCUGCUGCUCCACACGGUGCCGGCGGUGUGUAGCCUGAGUGAAGAAGAUGAGGAUCCAGCUGUUGAGGAAGAUCUGUACCCCAGUAGAGGGUACGAGAACAUCCUGAAGGAGCAGAGCGCACAGAGUAUAUAUAUGGAGAAUAAGGCCUUCUCUAUGGAUGAGCCCAACACAGCUAAUAAGCCUGUGUCCCCAUACGGCGGUUAUAACGGCCAACUCCGAAGUUGUGUAUAUCAGCCGACAGAACUGGCCAUCAUCACCAAAGGAGUGGGAAAUCAUCAGGGGGAAUCGUAUGACAAUAUGAUUCCACGAGCAUCCACAGGCACGCCGCUUAGAGCCCAGAGCGGUCACACCAGCCCGUCAUCACAAGUUGAUGAUAUGAGAAAAAUAUAUUCAAAUGUAUGAGGGGGUGGAAGAAGAAAUCAAAUCUAAUAAACUAAACUGGAAAUUUCAACAGAAGACCCCAGUGAUCUGCUCACGCCAGCUGUUUUUUUUCCUGGUGUUUCUAAAUAAAGAUUUGUGAUUUUGUUUUUCUUUCCAUUGCUGUGGUCCACUGCACAGACCAACUUGAACUCAGAGUAACUGAGCAACAACUUGUUGGUUUGCUCUACUGAAAGACAAUGCGUUGGGUUAUCUCAACCUGAUUGAAACGUUGAAGGUGGGAAAUUGUACAGUAUGGCUUGUUUGUGCAUAGGAUGGGACACAUUAAAAAGAUUAGUUGUACCAAUGAUUGUAUAGACUACUGCAAUGCUGCCAGCUGUGUUUAACCACAGACCAGCAAAGGACUGUAAAAUAAAUGUAUGCUGGUUUUCUGUCACUCAUUCUGUAUAUGGAGUUCUGACAUGCUGCUUCUACCACUGUAAACAUUGGUGUAGCGACACCAUACAUAUGCAUAAACUUUAUUUACAUAUAUAAAAUAUUAAUAAUGUGCAAUCAGAAUUUUGGUGCAGCGACCAGACUAAUGACUAUUUCAUUAUUUUUCCAACUUUGUAUUUAUUGUAAUGUACAAAUUACACUCAAUCUGAACAGAAUAUCUUUGUAAUUGUUCUGCUGAUUGAUGUAUAUAUUAAAAUUUAAUUGAAUGGGAAA